AACGAAAAAUUACAAUUACUGUACUUUAAUCAUGAUUGAUAAUAAAAAGGAUGUAAUCAUGGUGAAUGGUGAGCCAGUGAUGGCCAAAACCAACAAAAAUCACGAUGAUGAUAUUCUUUUUACCGAAUUCAAAGCGAAUCAAAUCAAAAAAUAUCUUCAACAAAAUGAUCGAUUAGCAUUGAAAACAUUGGCCUGUUCGAAUGGUGGAUUUGUUACAAAUAAACUUCGUGUAAAAGUUUGGUGCCGUUUAGCUUAUGUUGAUAAUGAUGAUGAUGAUGAUAAUGAUGAUAUUUCUGAUGACCAAAAUGACAUUCCUGACAAUAUUCAACGUAAUGAUAAUUAUCGACAAGUUAUACUUGAUGUUGAACGAUCAUUGAAAAGAUUUCCACCCAGUGUUGAAGAAGUGCAAAGAAUUGCCUAUCAGGAUAAAUUGACCGAAAUAAUCAUUCGAAUAUUGGAUCAUAAUCCUGAUAUGUAUUAUUAUCAAGGCUAUCAUGAUGUUUGUCUUACAUUUCUAUUAGUGAUGAAUGAACAUCAAGCUUUUCGUUUGAUCAAUGCAAUAUCACGAUCACAUUUACGAUUCUAUAUGGAACGUACAAUGAAUACAACAAGUAAUUUACUUGAAAUUAUCUAUCUAAUCAUACGAGAUGAAGAUGAUGAACUACAUGAUCAUCUUAUACGAUCCGAAGUUGGCACAAUAUUUUCAUUAAGUUGGGUGAUUACCUGGUUCAGUCAUGUACUCAAUGAUUUGGAUGAUAUACUUCGUUUAUUUGAUCUAUUCAUAUCAACACAUUAUCUGAUGCCAAUCUAUAUGACAGUGGCCAUUUUAAUGUGGAAAAAAUCAGACAUUCUACUUGUCGACUGUGAUAUGGCUAGUAUGCAUAAAUUCCUUACAGCAAUUCCUAUUGAAAAUUCAUCAUUACCAAUUGAUCGAUUAGUUCGAGAUACUCUUGAAUUAUCUGUACGCUAUCCACCGGAAGAUACGCUUGAACGACAAAAACAAAUCGAAACAAAUGCUUUAAACGAUGAUGAUGAUCAUCAUCAUCGAAAUGAUCAUGGCCAAUCGAUAAUUAAAUUUUCAAUACAAUUUUUAAGGAGAAAUAUUUUUUCCUUUACAUUCAUCGGUUUCAUAUCGAUUAUGAUUCACCAAUUCUGUUAUGAUUAUCUUUAUUCAUGAUUACUAGACCAUUUUUGUUUGUGUUUUGUUUUUUUGCUUUCAACUUUUCUUUCUUUUCUUUUUUUUAAAAAAAAGGAAUUUAAUUUUAUUUA